AUGCGCUCCUCUCACUCCCGUUUCAGCAUUGUCGACUUCUCGCCCGUGUUCCAACGCAAGUGCCCUUUCGGUCCAAACCACCCCCUCCUCCCCACCAACCAUCAGGUCUACACUGGGUUCGGCGAGGCGGCAUUCUCCCUCACCAAGUUCUUCCGCAGCCAGCCCAAUGGAGCCUGCCCCAAGCCCGCCUGCCCAGACCCCACCGCCCCAAGCCCCACCCGUUCGCCCACCCACAUGCAUCCUGCUGCUGCCACUGCUGCUGUCACUGCUGCUGCUGCUCCCACCACCGGCACGUGCCCCAUGACCUCCAAGCAUGCUGCAGAAGCUGCUGCUGCUGGUCUGCCAGGAAUGGAUGUUCUUCCCCCGUUUCCCUCCAGCCGGUCCCUGCUAGACACAGACCCCUUGCUGGUGCCAGCUGCCAAUGAGGUGUCGGCAGCAAGGCGGCAGGGAGCGGGCACGAUUGGGAAAGACAGCAGUGGCGAUGGGAACGAGGUUGCUGGCAGAGACAGAAAUGGUGCAGGAGGCGUUGACAGGAGUCAGGCGGGUGGAGAGGUGAAGCUUGAGGGUCGCACGGCAGGGAAGAACUCGCGAGUGCCGUCUCUCUUCUCCCCCACCAUUCCCCGCCUGCCUGUAACCUCCACCUCCUCCCUUCUCGCUGCUGCUCGUGCCCACCCUGUUGCUUCUCCUCCCUGCUGCUCCCCUCCCGCGUCCCCUCCUCUCCCGUCUGCUACGAAUGGUGUCUCCCCUGCCUCUCCCGUCAUUGACUUGACUCAAGACUGUGACCCACCCGACCCUGCUGCUGCUGCUCCUCCCUGCUGCUCCCCGCCUGUGCCCUCUGCUUUGCCUCCCGCUGAUCCCCCUGAGGCCGAUAAAGAGAGGAGAGGGACAGGGCGGGCGGGGGGGAAGAGGAGGCGGGAUGUGGAAGAAGCUUUGCAGGAUGGACGGGUGGAGGAUAGAAGUGGAAUGGGAAGGAGAGGAGCAGAGGGGGCAAAAGGUGACGAUGCAGAGAGGCGGAUGGAGGGUGGAGAUGCAGCAAUGAGGAUUGGAGAUGUUGAGAUGAGGAUGAACGGUACAGAUUCAGAGAGGAAGAUAAAGGGUGGAGAUGCAGGGAAGAGAAAGGCGAGCGGGGAAGGAAGAGAGUGGAGCGAGCAGCAAAGUGAAGCAGACAUAGGACUAGCAGGCGCAGGAGAAGCAGGGAUAGGAGCAGCACUGGGCGAUGGGGAUUGCCUGAGAGACCCCGGCGGUUGUGGCAGCGGGGGUGCACCACCUCGGACCGGAGAUGAAACUGCACCAAUGGGGCAGCAGCGGGGCAGCAGAGGAGCCUCUCAGAAGGAAGAAUCCUCGGCAGGCCCACGGGGUGAAUGUCUAGCACCAGAGGGCCCCCUCAGGAGCAGAGGAGUAGCAAGCUGCCAGGGGGGCGGUGCAGGGAGCAGAAGAGCAGUAGCUUUGCAAGGGAAUGGUGCAGGGAGUCUUGCCACCAGGGACGGGAACGGUGCAAAAAAAAGCCUUGCUGCGAAGGAGGAGGAGAACAGGCGGGCACGCGAGUACCUGAGUGUGGUGCAAACUUCCCUGCCACCGCCGGACUUCCAAACAUUCCUCUGCCUGCUCCGUGAGUUUCGAAAAAGCCGAGCACAGGUUCGGCAGCCCCCAAACCAGCAGCAGCAGCAGCCCGUCUUUUCCUCUGCUUCUCAGCCAGCAGCAGCGGUGCCAGUGGGCGUUGGAGCGGUGGUGAGCGGUGGUGCAGUGUUGGCUACUCGCUCAGACCUGCUGCAUUCACUGGCGUCACUCUUCGCAGCCUCCAACCAGCUCCCUCUGCUCGCAGGGUAG